AUGGCUACACCUUUCCCUUCCAUCCGCGACCUUGCGCAGAAAAACGCAGGUGCUACAUCGGACUUCAAACCCAAACUCACACUCCAAAACCUCAUGGCCCGCGAAGCUGUCGUGGUAAUCUCCUGCGUUGACCCGCGUGCCGAUCCUAAGGACUUCUGGGGCAUCCAACCCGGCAUGCCGCCAGGGAUAGUUAGAAAUGCUGGUGGAAGGGCAGAGUGCGGUGUUGGACCGCACGGGAUCGAUGAUAUGUAUAUCCGGGAGACGCUUCCAGGGCGGAUGAAGGGGAGUGAGCAGGAAUUGGUUGAUAAGGAGUGGUACCCUUUCAAGCAUCAGACUGAGGAGGAGAGCGUGAAGGAAGAUAUGAGGCUUAUCAUGGAGGACAAACUGCUCCCGAAGGAUGUGCAGGUGUUGGGUUUUGUGCUGGAUGUUGAGACGAACAAGACCACGGAGGUGCUUUUGUGA